GGCUCAAAGCUGCUACAAAUAAACAAAAAUAUGAGAAAAUCGGUGAAAAAAAACAAACAACUCCAAUUAAAGAAUUAUGUGAAGGAUUUCCAGAGGAAUUUGGAAUUUAUUUAAAUUACGUUCGUAAACUUGGAUUUGAAGAAAAUCCUGAUUACGAUUUUUUGAGAGAACUUUUUACAAAAGUAUUAAAAAAUCUCAGUGAAGUUGAAGAUGGUGUUUACGAUUGGAAUUUAUUAAAUGGUGGAAGGGGCUGGGAGGCAAGCAUUCGGAAAGAUGAUAACACACUCAAUCCUGACACUAACCCUCACAUAACACUUCACGGUGGUUCCUCUCAGCAAUAUAGUACAACAGGUGCAAUUCAUCAACCCUCCCAUCAUCAAUAUCAUACCGAUCCACGCAAUCAUAAUCAUCGAUCCUCGCUUAAUCGUGGAUCAUCAGUGAACCGUAAUAAUCAACAACAAACACAACCUUCACCUGCUCUAAUCCAUUCAUCAAACACAAAACCACAACGAGCUGGUGGUAAACCACAAAAACAUACCGGCGGUGUUGCGGUCAUGAAUUCCGGAAUGGAUGAUAUAAAUGCAUAUUCUGGCCGACCUGUAAUGAACGGUGGAAAUGGCGGUAUAAAUAAUUCAUCGGGUGUUCAAGGAAACAAUCCGGCAGAUUCAAAUUCCCAUAGAAGAAAAGGAUUUUUACAAAAAUUGAUUGGAGUUAUUACAUGUAGUAUGUGUAGCUAA